CUCUUAUGGCGGUGCCUGGCUGGUGAUGACAUCAGGAGGCGACGAGUCGCGAAGUUUGGCUCCGCGCGGUGGGGGCGGCUGGGGGUUGCGCGCGGGUUGCCUUGACGCCGGCCAGGGGCCGCUCCUCGCCUGCCUGCCGGGCCGCCGCGGAUGGUAAGCCGAGCACCGGCUGGAGGGGUGCGGGGAAGGCGGAGCUCGAAGCGGCCCCGAGCCGUCCAUAAUGGGCUUCGGGCCUGCCUGCGCCGCCUGCUUCGGGUGCUGCAGCCUUGAAGCGACGCGGGGCGCCGACUCCCGGAGCCGCUUCCCUUGGUCAGAGCGGCAGCCCUGAGGCACGUGUUUCCCGGGGGUAAACGCCGCUAAGUCCAACGGGACUUGGUGCCGAGUAAGCGUGACCAGCGUCGCCCUUCGAGUUCUUGGUUAAUCCGGAACCCGUCGGGCGAGCCCCCUCGGGAUGGAGUUAAACCCCGUUGGACUCAGCGCGAUUCAAGUCACAGCAAACGCGAGACGUGUGUGAGCACGAGGUUUUGUUCAGGAAAGCAAGUCCCCCUGGAUUGAGGGGAGGCCCUGUGCCCUGAAUGGCAGCCUUUAGCAUAACCGUCCGUUUAAAGCCCACAAUGCAGAAGCUGUUGGUGCUGGGCUGGUGACGAGGGCAAUUUUUCAUUUAGGUCAUCAGAGGGACUUCUAUAUCGCAUAUGGGGAACUUGUGGAUCCGUGGAAGUACCGUGGUACCUCGGGUUACAUACGCCUCAGGUUACAGACUCCGCUAACCCAGAAGUAGUACCUCGGGUUAGGAACUUUGCUUCAGGAUGAGAACAGAAAUUAUGCUACGGCAGCAGCAGGAGGCCCCAUUAGCUAAAGUGGUGCUUCAGGUUAAGAACAGUUUCAGGUUAAGAACAGACCUCCAGAACAAAUUAAGUUCUUAACCCGAGGUACCACUGUAGUAGGACUAUGACUGGUCUUGUUCCUGGCUGUUGCAUUUGCUGGCUGCUGCUGAUGGAACAUGAAGCUGCAGGAUAACAGGUUUCCCAUCCUUACCCUACGGAAAGAAGCAUUAGAGGAUUCUGCCAGGCAGUAUCAGUUAGUUGUUCAUCACAGAGACGAUCCCUUGAAGCAGGUGUGCUGAAGAAGCUUGGUGAUUUGCCCAUAGAGUGGCUCAGGUUAUACUAGUGUGUGUUCACUCCUGGUUGUGUUUGGAUUUGGUUCAACUUCAGUUAUUUCGAAGGUGGAAUUCUGAAAUGGUUUUAGUGAGAAUGGUUGAAUCAAACUGGGCUGCGAUGAGUAUCAUGCUGGAACAGAUUGGAUGUUGUGUUUAUGAUGAUAGAAGAAAGUGUUAAGUAGUGAGGGAGGAGAUUGAAGUAGCAGAAUGGGCAGAUUUUACUUACUCUCUGAAUGGGAUAUUGAUGACCCACACUCUACAUUAGCCUCAGGAGUUUUGAAUAUCAUCAUUGGCUUUGUAGAAUUCCAUUCAAAUAUGAUAAAAACAAUUUGUGCAUUCAGUACACAGAAGCAAGGAGAAAAUUGCAUGUUACUUUAUACAAACACUGCUGCACAAGCAUGGACUUCUGCAAGGAUGAACUCUGUUCAGCCUGCCACAAAGCAUCUCUGGAAUGUCAGGGGAACCCUCCCCCCUCCAGUGUUGAGGAUGGUCACCCAUAUCUCUAAUGAGACAUUGCAGGGGAUGUGGAGAGCUGCACAUGGUCCCUCUUCAGUUACUCAGCCCAGUUACAGAGAUAAAUGGGGCAUUGUGGAAGGGCAUCAAGCCUUUGUGAGCUGGGAAGGAUUGAAGGUGAUAAGGUUUUCAGCCUUUACCAGCGAUCACAAGAUAGACCAAAGCUCUGUUUGCCUGGAAGUAAGCCUCAUUGAAUUGGAACUUACUUUUGCAUAGACAGAAUUGUGUUAUGAGACUGGAGUUCUGUGAUCACUUACUCAGGAAUAAAAUCCAUGGGCUUCGAUCGGAGCCAUUUUUGGAUUGGGCUGUAGGUAAAACUUUUAACAGACAGUAAUGGUUUAGCUAUUUGCCCUAGCUACAUUAUAAUAUAAUGUCUAAUGCCUUAUCUUUACCACUGGUUGGAUACAAAAUUCCAUAAUUAUGAGCACCCUAGAUCAAUGCUUUCCUUUUUUAAAAAAGAGACAAAUAGAGGAUUUUGGGGGAAAAUAUUUCAGGUUGGAUCCAAAGAAGUGUGAGGAGACCCUCACUUGCACAAUGGGAAUGUCAUAGAUAUUGCUCCCUGCAAGACCAAAAAGCUCCUAAGGGGUUUAAGAACCUUAUGAAAUGGCAAGAAAUGGGCGGGGCUCAGGGUACUCACAGAAUUUGGCAGCAACUUCCCUUGUAUCAAGAGAAGCAUCAUUCUGCACAUGUAAGGCCCUUUUGGGUCCAAGUUAUAGUACUAUUUGAAACUGUUCUCUAGAAUUCAGGAGUUCUUUUAAAAUACUAGAAAAUAUGUUUUAUUCACAUGUCCUAAUUGCUUGUCUUUAAAGGUUCAGAAUUUACUAGGAGAGAGGCUUUAAUGUAGAUCUAUUUUAUGGAAAGUUGGAUAGUAUGUCACAGCAUUUGACAACACGAAAUGUCGCAAGAAUGCUCAGCAUUCUUCCUUUAGGAGGUGCUUGCUUCUACUGAGUUCUGUUUUUUCUGUCUUUUGGAUUCUACCUAGAAAUUGAUGUCCUGAGGGCUCCAUGGAGCGACAUUGGCAGUGCAGUAAUGGUAAAAUAAAUAAAAUAUACCUGCUGGCCUUCUUGCUGCCAAUCAGCAUCAUGCAGAUUCUGUGUUGUGCAUCUGAGUAAGUUCAAAGGAACUGCUGUUACAUUUGAGAAGGCUUGGGUAAGUUCUUUUAUGAUGGAAGGCUGCUCAUUUUGUGACUGUUUGAGGACAUUGUAUAUUACCAUGAGCUUGAGGACAGUAACAUGCCAUUUUUCCACGCUGGGGCUAGGAAAUACGGCUUCAAUGAGAGAAUGAAUAAAGAGUUUUGGAAUUACCUGUGAUGCAGAUAUUUCAGAAGUUGAGGCUCUCUCAAUGUUAACAAUUCCCCAUUCUAGACUUAGUGAUGAACUUCAUGGUCAGUGAAGUGCACAGUGUGAGCAGGAAUUCACAUUAUAUUUUAUUUGUGUCUUUUCAACAGAAGUCAAUUCUGCAAUAAAGAGUGUCUGGAACUGACAAAGGGUUACAACUUGAAGAAAGCAAGAUGGAUAAAAAAGCAUUUGAGAUGGUGCUUGAUGAAAUUAGAAAGGUAAUUAGUGAUUAAACCAAUAUAACAAACAGCUCAACUGUAAAAAAUGUAAAAAAUUAGUCUAGGGAACAAACUUAAUAUUGUGCAAAUAUGUCUUCUAUAUUCUGUUAAAGGAGUUCUGUGUCUUUAACAUAUAACAUAUAACAUUUGAAUGGUGUAUAAUGUGCCUUCUAAUAAAACCCAGGAUGUUAAUAAGAACCCAUUGUGCCACCCUUGCUAUAUGCUCUGAUUUCAGAUAGUUUUACGCCUUCAUUACUAUAGUUUUGCAAACUAACCUAUGGUUUUUUGUGUUUCAUAGGCUGUGUUGAUGGAAUACAAAUUGAAAGCUAUUGAAUAUGUACAUGGAUACUUUUCUAGCGAACAGGUAAUGCUGAAGAACAAUUAAGCUGUGCAAAGCUCUGGAAAGUAUGACAAGGCAACUGUCAUUACAGCAGGGGCUCUUCAUGUGUUGUUAGAUUGCAACUCCCUUCGUCUUUAGUAGUUGGCCAUGCUGGCUAGAGCUCUUGGGCGUUGGGAGUUGAACAACAAUUGGAGCUUCCUGGUCUCUGUGCUGCAGCAUGAAUAAUUCUGCUAAAGGUGCUUUGUUUUUCCUAUCAGCUUGGGAGAGUGAGAUGAGUGUAAAUGUUGAGUUUCCCCCUCUAAUUUAGGACCCUACCCUGUGAAGCAAGAAAAUAGUAUAUUUAUGAAGCCUGAUUCUGUGCUCUGCUGGGUAUGGGUGAAUUUUAUGCUCCAGUAGUGGGACCAGAUCCUUACACCAGGGGUUCUCAGACUCUGUGCCCACAAUGCCCACUUGAGACAGCUGGAAAUUACUGAAGUCCACCAGUCACAAAAUGGUGGUGCAGGGCAGAGCCAGUCACAAGAUGGAGUCAGUUUCUGAGCAGCUGUCAGUUACUGACAUUGGUGGUUUCUACAGUUAUCUAAUCCACCUAUGGAAAUUGCUAAAUUCUUUACCACAGUUUUCUUUUCAUCAAGGAGCUCAGAUGAUCAGCUUUCUUCAAGUCAUAGUACUGUGACGUUUUAGGUAGAAUCUGCCGAUUCAGAGACUCUAAAUGGAGAAGUGUUUUUCUUUCAUAUUUUCCUCCCACAAUGCCUCUUAAAAUAACUUUACUCAUUUUCUGUAAUUUCUUCUCCUUUUACUUUUGUACCUUUUUCCCUCCCAGUUGACAAUUUCUUUCAUUAUUCCUAAAUGUUCCUGUUAGAUUCACUGCUUCCUGCUAUUGCAGCUUUCUUCUCUUCUCCCCUUUCUUUCUGUUUUCAGUUUAUUAUUAAUAAUAAUUAAUAAAUAUCUCACUUUCUGAUUUCCUUCCACAAUUCCUCUAGCCCCUUUCCCUCAGAGGAUGGAGACCUUCCUUUCCUCCUCCUCCUCCUGCCCACCCCCAGCUGCCCAAUGUUUGUCUCCCAGCCACCUUGCAGUAUGCAAGGAGUCACUGAUGCUGGCACUGGUCCAACCAAAAGGCUGUGGGAUAGCUAGGGGCCAGGAUAGGCAGACAAGUGAAGAGGCAUUGGACAGGCUGUAGCAUCUGAGGUCCACUGUUUGAGAAGUACUACCUUACAACAAGGUAGAUGCUGCCAUGAAUGUAGCUGCAUCUGUAUUCAUAUUUCAAUUACAAAAAAAUAGCUUAUUAAACUGAGGUUCAAGAUUUGGAUAACUUUGAAAUUCUGUUUCUAAAAAUGUUUAAUUGUUUGGUACUAUUUUAGAUUUAAAUUUUGUCAAACUAGUUCGCAUCUAUUAAAGAAUCAACGAAAACCAUUCUACAAAAGUUUCUGAGAAAACCUUUUUACUUCUAGCUACAAGUGAUGUCCAGAGGUUGCAUUUGUUCAGUUUUUGCAUGAGUGAUGAACUCUCGGAUUUCUUUCGUUGCAGAUUGUUGAAUUACUGAGGUACUUUUCUUGGGCUGAACCACAGUUAAAAGCAAUGAAGGCAUUGCAACAUGUAAGUUUUUUCACUGAAGCAGUAGAUUUUGUUGAAUUGCAUUUCUCUGGUCUUAUAGCCAUAGUAGCAUUCACUUGGUUUCCAGCAGCAGGUUUGGAUUGGACUACUCAUUCGUAUUAUCACCGCAGUCCUUAAAGAUGACUUCAAAUCCUGAUUGUGCAUGAUUCUGACAUGCUCACUUUUGGGGGGCCGCUUAGCCUCGCUGUUCAGCCAGUGCUGCGUAUUCCAUCCUAUUCUCCCUUCUUUGUAAAGACUAGCUCGAUCAAUAUUGAAUGUUUCAAAUACUGUGGCUUGUAUCCAGAGGGUUUUCCCUUCCACACCUCCCCCCUGUGUCUGCCAAUUUCUCUGGAUUUGAGAGGAGUGAGGGAGUUGCAGGCAAGUGGAAAAAUUUGGCAGAGAAUGGGAUACGCAGUGGGGAGGAAGGGGAAGCCCUCUUGCCAAAGCGAUGCAACCUUUGUUGUGAUCUCAUGUACAGUCUGGUAUAGCCUAUGUGUGCUGAGGGUCUACAGUUGGAAAUAACAUUAUACUUGUAAAUUGUUCUGCUACAGUGUAGUGGUUAGACUUAGGUGACUUUCAGGUUCUCUACUGCCUUUUCAUGCUGUCAUUAUGAACAAAAGCCUUGUUCAACAAGCUGUUGAAGUGUUAGUCUGUACCCAGGUAGCCAGCAUUUAGUCCCAUCAUCUGGAGGCUGCAGUUCCAGUCAUCCCUGAUCAUUGCUUACGCAGGCUGGGAGUGAUGGGAGUUGCAGCGCAACAUCAGGAUGGGCACCACAUCAGUUACCUUUGAUUAGUCUGUGCACUCUGAUCCAAUUGUUGGUUGCCAAAAACUCAGUGAUCUUUUUUCUUCUUCAUACAAUUUGUAUACCACUUGAUUGUAAAAAACAACAACCCUUAAUGCGGACAUGUGAGCCUGCAUCUAAUGUACGUGAACAGGGAUUGCUGAAACUUUCUUUUCUUUUCUUUCUAGAAAAUGGUAGCUGUUUCUGCAGCAAAAGUGGUUAACAUCCUGAACUGCUUCACUUUUAGCAAAGACAAGCUUAUUGCACUAGAACUGUUGGCUUCGUAAGUAUUGGCUGUUGAUUAGCAUUCCAUGCAGACUGUUACCAUUAGUACUAGCAUAUGUCCUCUUGGUGUUUUGGUUUGAUGGAGGCUUGAAUGGUUCAGAUCCUUGACCUCAUGGGCUGUGACUGGGGGCGUAUUUUCUUGCACUGAUAGCUUGUUUGUUUGUGUGUGUAUAUUUGUAUAGUACUGGUCCAUCUCAUUUCUGUUCAAAUUAGUUUUGUUGUUAUGACUAUGCUGCUGAGGAAUAUUAAGUAGCACAACAAGCUCUGAUAAAUACUAUGACUGUAUGCAUGAGAGCCACUAACAGUUUCUAAACAUAGUGCUUUGUUUUAUAGCAAUAUUAUUGAUGCUCAGAAUUACCGCCUUAUUGAAGAUCUCUUCAGAACUAGCAUGUCUGAGAAGAAGAGAUGCAGGAGAAUUCUUGAACAGGUAUUGCCUCACGGCUGCAUUCAUGGAAACUUUGAAGCGCGUAGGGACAAAAUGCAUGGUUUUGGAGGUUUUCAGGACAUUGCAUGAUAUUGUAUGUAUCUCCUCAAUACAGUGGUGCCUCGCAAGACGAAAUUAAUUCGUUCCGCGAGUUUUUUCGUCUAGCGAAUUUUUCGUCUUGCGAAGCACGGUUUCCCAUAGGAAUGCAUUGAAAUUCAAUUAAUGCGUUCCUAUGGUCAAAAAAAGUCCAAUCAAAGCCAAAUUUGGUACAACAAUAGUUUAUUAACUGCUCUUUAAAGUCACACAUACUUUAAAGAGCAUAUCAAAAAUUGAAGGAACAAUAAAUUAAGUUUCUAAACAUGACAGGAAAAACAUUUAAAAAUCAAAAAAGGGUACAUUACAUUUUCUAAGACUCUGGGGGACCACUCGAAGAAGGUUCCUCUUCCACUCUUUGCUUCUUGCUGAGGAACCUGUCCAUGGUCUGCUGCUUCAUCCGCCUUUUCAGCAGCUCCCUGAGAGGCAACAUGACCGUCGUAUCAAAAGUGUUCGCUUGAUCAUGUGCCACGUGCUUGUUAGGGUGGUGCCGCUCUGCAAAGCCUGCACCUCCUUCCACUUCUGGCAAAUGUCCCUCAGUUCUUUGGAGGACAGCCGUUCCUCAGUUGCUUCCUCCUCUUCCAGCGAGGCCUGCUCCUGCGCAACCUCUGACUGCAGUUCAACCAGCUCCUGGGUGGUCAGCUCGUGGUCGUGCUCCUCCACCAGCUUGCAGACGUCCUCCUCUGUGACCUCCAGGCCCAUGGUCCUCCCCAAGGCAACAAUGUCCUGCACCACUGUUGACUCUGGUGAAUCAGAGUCACUUGGUGCCACACAGUCCGGCCACAGGCUGCGCCAAGCGCAAUUCAAAUUUCUCUGGCUGAUCCCGUUCCAGGCCGUGGUGAUCAUCUUCAAGCAGGUGACGAUGUUGAAGUGGUCCUUCCAGAAUUCCCGCAGGGUGAUGGUGGUGCAAUCAGUCACCUCGAAGCAUCGCCUGAAAAGCUCCUUGGUGUAGAGUUUUUGAAAUUGGCGAUGACCUGCUGAUCCAUCGGCUGGAGCAGUGGCGUGGUGUUAGGCGGCAGGAACAUGAUGUUGAUGAAGCUGAACUCCUCCAACAAGUCCACCUCAAGGCCUUUAGGAUGAGCAGGAGCAUUGUCCAUCAGAAGCAAAGCCUUCAGCGGCAGGUCGUUGUCCAGCAGGUACUGUUUGACAGCAGGGCCAAAAGCAAGAUUGACCCAGUCCACAAACAGCACACGUGUGACCCAAGCCUUGCUGUUGGAUCGCCACAUGACACUCAGCCGCUCCUUGUCGACCUUGUGUUUCUUGAAGGCCCGUGGGUUCUCCGAGUGGUACACCAGCAGGGGCUUGAUCUUCAGGUCGCCGCUUGCGUUGGCACAGAAGAGCAGGGUCAGACGGUCCUUCAUGGGCUUGUGGCCAGGCAACUUGGCCUCCUCCUGUGUGAGGAAAGUCCUUUUGGGCAUCCUCUUCCAAAACAGCCCGGUCUCGUCGCAGUUGAAGACCUGCUGUGGAACGUAGCCCUCCGUCUUCACAGCCUCCAGGAACUCCAAGGCAAAGUCUUCAGCCGCAGGAACAUCAGAACUGGCAGCCUCUCCAUGCCUGACCACGCUGUGGAUUCCAGAUCUUGCCUUGAACCGGUCAAACCAGCCUCUGCUUGCCUUGAAGACUUCUGGCUCGCCUGAGGUUCCUGGCUGUUCCCGGAUGAGGUCUGCGUGCAAGGCCUUGGCCUUCUCACAAAUGACAGCCUCAGUCACUGUGUCCCCUGCACGCUGCUUCUCUUCUAACCAGAUGAGCAGCAACUUCUCGACCUCCUCCAGAACAGCUGGGCGGUUCUUCACGAUCCUGGUGACUCCCUUGGCUGCAUCAGUCGCAAGGAUCUUCUCCCUCAUCUUCAGGAUGGUCCCGAUGGUCGAUGGGUUCCUGCCGUACUCCCUGGCGAGGUCCGUCACACGCAUUCCACCAUCGUGCUUCCGGAUGAUCUCCUUCUUCUUUUCCAGCGUCACCUUCUCCUUCUUCCUCUCGCCGGCCUCCGCAGCAGCAGCAGUCUUCUUGGGUCCCAUGGCAGCACAGCUCUUACCUUCGUAAACUCAGAAGAAAAAAAAAUCAGCAAUUCAAACCCAGAACCAAGUCCUUGAAUUCCAAACACCCAACCCAAAAUCCAAAAACCCCCCCAAAAAGUUUUAAAAGUUUAACUUACGAAAUGGCUGCAAAUCACCAAAGUCUUCAAAAUCCUCAAAUGGCUGCAAAAGAAGUUUUGGGAAAGCUUUAAAAAUCACCAAAGUCUUCAAAAACCUCAACUGUUCCCCCAGCCCCUCCCCAACUGUUGCAAAACCCGCCCCAACUGUUGCAAACCCCACCGCAACAGUUGCCCCCACCACCCAGCACACAGAAAUUCAAACCCAGAAUUUUUUUCAAAAAAAAAACAACAUGGCCCAAUGGUCACAGAAAACCAUAAAAAUUCAAAAAAAAAAACCACACAAGCUCCCAGAUUCUUGCAAACCCCUCCCCAGCUGUUUCCCCAUCCACCCAGCACACAGAAAUUCAAAACCCAGAUUUUUUUUUCCAAAAAAAACAACAUGGCCCAAUGGUCACAGAAAAUCAUAAAAAUGCAGAAAAAACCACACAAGCUCCCAGAUUCUUGCAAACCCCUCCUCAACUGUUCCCCCAUCCACCCAGCACACAGAAAUUCAAACCCAGAUUUUUUUUCAAAAAAAUAAACAUGGCCCAAUGGUCACAGAAAAUCAUAAAAAUGCAGAAAAAAACCACACAAGCUCCCAGAUUCUUUCAAACCUCUCCCCAACACCAAGUCCUUGAAUUCUAAACACCCCAACCCAAAAUCCAAAAACCCCCAAAAAACUUUUAAAAGUUUAACUUACCAAACAGCUGCAAAGAAGUUUUGGAAAAGCUUCAAAAAUUCAGCAAACUCUUUAAAAAGCUCAAAAAGGCCACCACACCGCGUGCAAUGUGUUGCUCCUCGAAGUCAAGUCGCAACUGCACCUCUUCCAGCAAUGCACCCUGGGUUUUAACGGUUUUACAAAAAAGGAAACAAACUUGCAAGACGUUUUCGUCUUGCGAAGCAAGCCCAUAGGGAAAUUCAUCUUGCGAAGCAACUCGAAAACGAAAAAACCUUUCGUCUUGCGAGUUUUUCGUCUUGCGAGGCGUUCGUCUUCCGGGGCACCACUGUACAAAGAGAUUGAGUCUAUGGAGAAAUUGAGAAUUUCUCUGCAAGUUUUGCAUUCUCCCUUGAAUGUAUAAUUUGCCCUUGUAUUGUCAGUUUGCUCUGCUGCCACUAUGGGGCUGUGGUUCUUUUUUUUAUACCUGUCUGUGGAUUUUAAAAGAUGCACUACUUCAGUUGCACAAACAAGUAUGAGGUAGCUCUAUGAGGCAUUUCAUUGACUGGUCCCAUGAUGAGUAGGAAUUGAACCUUUGGACCAAGUUUAUGACUUACCCAGUCACAAAAAAAAGAGAGUUUGGAUUUGAUAUCCCGCUUUAUCACUACCUGAAGGAGUCUCAAAGUGGCUAACAUUCUCCUUUCCCUUCCUCCCCCACAACAAACACUCUGUGAGGUGAGUGGGGCUGAGAGACUUCAGAGAAGUGUGACUAGCCCAAGGUCACCCAGCAGCUGCAUGUGGAGGAACGGGGAAUCGAACCCGGUUCCCCAGAUUACGAGACAACCACUCUUAACCACUACACCACACAGCCUAUUAUAAUUUGGAAUGCAAUACAUUGCUGUAAAAAUAGGAAAGUCAAAUAAUAAAUUCUCAUGUUUGAGAUAAUUCAAAGCAAACAGCUGCAAAAAGCUUAAGGCGUCUCCAGAGCGUGGCAGAACAUCUCUUCAAAAUCCCUAAUAUGAAACUGCUGCACCACAUGACCUUUCCCCCAGGGCGAAGACCCAUGCUUAGUGCAGGAUUUCCACCUAAGGAUUAUGCUAAUCCGAGUCCCUGGUUCAAAAAGAUGUUCCACUGGGAUAUGUCCACUGGGCCACCAUCAUCCAGCUCUGCUCUAAGGGUAUUAUCAGGCCUUAGAGAAGGGGAAUGGAGAGGCAGUGGCUUGCAGAACAAGCCGUCUGGGCUGUACUGAAAUGUACAUGAUACCCUUGGAAUCUGGUAGCUUGACCUUUACACCCAUUCUUGUGUAUUCAUAAAGCAGGCUAUUUUGCCACCACUCAGUAUAGUUGUGUUGGAAUCUAAUGCUGCCCUUUGUUUUGUUUAUAUUGCAGGCUUCCAAAGCAGGAUGCAAAGCACCUCACGCUAUGAUAUCUUCCUGUGGCAUGAUUCCAGGAAACCCUUACCCAAAAGGAAAGCCCAGCCGCAUAAAUGGAAUUUUCCCAGUAUGAUCUUACUGAAUAUACUUGUCAUUUUAAUUUGGGGGAUUGGUGGUGGAAUAUUAAAGUAGCACUGCUGCAAUAAAUUGCCUACAAAAAUGAAAGAAUAACAGCAAGCCUGUCUUCAUCAGUAUUGGGCAAAUAAUAAAAAGAACAUUUUGUUAAAAAGAUAACGUAAUUCCUAAUUUGUUUCUCUUUAGUUAAAAAACAACAACAACAACAAACAGGCCUCAUUAUAGGGAAGCAUAUACUACUUGGAAUAAUUAAAUUCUACUUGGAAUAACUGGUUUUGAAGAAGAAAAUAUCCAGUUCCUGUUAAAAGCAGAAAACCCAAAAAUCAGUUCUCUUGAGAAGAUUUGCACAUGUAUUCUCCCACCAUGCAAAGGGGGAGCAGUGCCAUGCCCUCCGCGUUGGCCAGGACCAGUAGCACCUCCCACUUGUGCCUGCUUUCUUAAAGGGCAAGUGGCUAUGGGAAAGGGGCUGUUGCACUUUUGGCUAUGUGCAUCAAGGCAUCCUUGCAACCUGGAACCAUGCAUGAUCCGAGUACCCCAGGUUGCAGCAGUUUAUUGCAAAGUUUUGUGGAACCCCUGGGAGAUGCUUGUGGAAUCUAAGGGUUCCACUGGACCCUGGUUGAAACCACUGCCUUAGAACGUGUGGCCUGAAACUUCACUCUGAGAGCAUGUUUACUCAAACUGUUCUACUGUAUUCAGCGGGUUUACUUCUAAGUGAAUGUAUAGAAUUCUAGCCUUAGUUGCUUAAAUGUCACAGAAAAUCUUAAUUUAUUCUGGUGAAGCUGUCUUUCAUGGUUCAAUGGGGACGUUUUCCUUAUAAUGGGUGAUAGACAGUUAGAGCUACUCUAAGUAUAUCCUAUCUAUCUAUCUGUCUCUUACAAAUGCCCCUGUGCUUUCUAUAACCCGCAUUUGCUUUCCACACAGUACAGAGCUUGGUCUUUAAUAGUGGGUCCUCCUCUUUUCCAGGGGUCACCUGUCAAAAAGGAGAAUGAAGACUACACUAAUGAAGGCAAGGGAAUAGCAGCUCGUAUCCUUGGACCAUCCAAACCAGUAGGUUUACAAAAUUACAUUUUUAUAAGCCUCAUUAUUGGGGUUGCUCCUGUUGUUGAAAACAGAAUAGAGUUACUUGGGAGAGAAGUAACAGCAGGGUGAAAAUGGUGGAAGAACAAAAAGGGACCGUAAUAAAAAUAGUUUAAAAGAAUGACUUCUGCAUGCUUACAAUGUAAAGUUUGGUGUUUUUUUAAGAAAGGAGGAAGGAGCAAAGGAGGUGGUAAAGAUAAGUUGCCAAAUACUGUUUGAAUGCAAUGAAGGAGAAGAAUCAGUGAUAGUGCAUUGUAUCCACAGCUGAAUGAAUGUCUCAGAGUUGGCAUAAGCUGACUACUUCUUCCCUGGUCGCUCCCUGAAAAUGCUCCAUUGGAGGUUAGGGGACCAUCCUGAAUUGUGUGGUGGAAGAAGUGGACAUUCCAGAAAAAAACGAGCAGAGACUUCUUGGAUUACUGGUCCAGCUAGUUCACUUCUGUCUGCAGUGACUGGUACUGGCCCUCAAGAGUUUCAGACAGGAAUCUUUCCCAGUCCUACCUGAAGAUUGCAAAAAGAGUUGAAUCUUAGACCUUUUGCAUCCAAAGCCUAUGAUCUGUUGCUGAGGUGCAGCUCUUCCCUACAGUUGGCAAGAUCAGAAAUUCAUGAGUUCAGUUGUUUUGUUCAUAGCACAAAGGUAGUGACUCAAGAAGUCUCAAAUGUAUCUGAGAGAAGGUUUUCCGCCAUAGAGUUUAAAGGCAGAUAAGUCAUAUCAAUUACUGGUUACUGGGGCAUUUUAAAGGCAAACUGCAGUGUAGGCAGUAGGCUUCCAAUGCAGAAGUCGAAACCAAGUAAGAAAACCUGUGAAAAUGGUCAGCUGGAAUUUUGAGAACUGAGCAAAAUGCACUUCCCUUCGAAAUAUUUCAGUAGUGGGGAAAAAAAAUAAUUUUUGCUACAAAAUGAGGGGGGGAUUUACCAUUGCCUUUGCAAUAGAUUAAUGUGUAAAUGUUCAGUUUUGACAAACUCUUGUCCCUCUUGUUUAGGCCCCAGCAACAUACAAUCCACACAAGCCUGUUCCUUAUCCUAUCCCUCCUUGUCGACCACAUGCAACCAUUGCACCAAGUAAGCCCAUCAUUCCUGUUUGUUUUCUGUGAUCGUUUCCCCUUUACACUGUGGAAGAAUGUUCACAAUUCUCUAUAGGCAAUACCCUCAGUUAUUUUCUUAAAUAUAUGCUUCAGAUCUCUUACUGUUUACACUAAUUGCAUGAUGGAGUAAAAUUCAAUGACUUUCAUAGCUCUCCUCUAAAUUUUGUCCAACUUGUUAAUGUCCUUCAGUUGUGAUGUUUGCAGCUCAAAACAAUUCUCCAUAGAUAAUUUUAUACCUGCUCUGAGUCUUGGAGCUGAUUCUCCUACUCGUUUCUGCUUCCUACCCACCCUAAAACAAUCCCUUAUGCAUACUUUAUUGACUCUUGAUGAGUAAUUAAACUGAAAGAAUAGUUCCUGCUUUUUUUUUUUUUUUUGAAAAAUCAGGAGCAGUGAAAGAAAAAUGAGAUUUCUGAAAUAUUGGGGCGCAGUUGCUUGAGGGGUUUGGACACUUGGGUGGGACAGCAGAAAUCCACUUUGCUGCUAGUGUUUGACACCUUAUACCUGCCUUUUCAUAGUUUCUAAUCUUAAAUGUGGGGAAUUCCAGCUGAAUACUUAAUGACACUUUAAUCUGUUAAAGGAAUACUGAAAGCUCAGGGAUUUUUUGCAGGGGGUGGGGAGUUGAUGUAACCUUUUAAAUUAACUAGUUUAGCUUUGAAAGCUCAGGAUUCUGUGACUGCUUGAGAAUUCAGUGUAAGGUGAUAUUCUGCAUGCAGUUUCAACCGUUCAAACAACUUGCUAUAUUUAUUUCUUCAUUUAAAACAGCUGCCUUCUUUCACAAAGCGAAUUCAAGGUUUACGUAAGAGCACAUCAUACCAGAAGUAAAAAAAAAAAAAGAGUAUCAACUUAAAAUAUUAUCAGAUAUAUCAGCCAUGGAGGCAAACGUUACUAAAAUAACAUAACAGGGUUAAGAAAGCAAUGAACAAGCCUUUCAGAACAGCCGUGUCUCUGCCAGGCAUUUACAACAACUAAGUAUUGGGAUUUGAUGAACCUCUCUUGAGAGGAUGCUUCCUGAAGAUGUGCUUCUGCCUGCUCCAGGUAGCUGCCCACCAUAACUCAUUGGCCGUGAUAUCUGGAGCAAGGGUAGGAAAGGACUUAUGGAAGAAGGCAGCCCGUAAAGUAUUGAGUAACUGAUAUGCUGUUUGGAGAUGACCUGUGAAACUUCAUUACACCGUCUUCGUUUGCCUUCUGUUUUCUUUUACUUAGGUGCUUACAACAACGCUGGUCUUGUUCCACUGGCCAAUGUUAUAGCUCCAGGCUUGCCAGCUCCGCCACCAUAUGCUUCUAGUCAUGUAGGAACAGGUAAAGCAAGAACCCUACAAAAGCCCCGUGUGUCUGGGUUACUCACCAGCGUCACCAAUCGGUGGGAGAGUCUGUGCCGACGUCUUGGGCCAGUAGCCUGCUCUUGACAACUAGCAAGUCAAUGUCAGGCUCCCUCCCUCCCAGUAAUAGUUUCUGCAGGGUGGGAAGUGUGAAGAGGUUUGCUUCAGAAUGGGUUUGAGCAAGGGUAGCCAUAAUACCCUCCAAGUGUUGUUGGACUACAGCUCCCAUCAUCCAUGACCAUUGGUCACGCUGGCUGGGGCUGAUGGGAGUUGUAGUCUGCUUGUCACAGGUAGGCAGGAGUGAGAGGAGUGGCCUGGGGUGGAGGGGAAGGCCUCCCAUCUCUCAAGGCAUGAUAAUUGUUAAAAUGAAAACAAUGAAAGGGAGUUGUUUUUUUAACAGCUUGGUAGUCUCAAAAGAAUUCUGUUUUCACCUCAUUAAUUAUGUUCUUUAUGUAGAAAAUGAAGAGCUUUCCAAUCAGACAAAAUCUUCCCAAAGCCAAGGUAAGCUGUCCACUUGCAGAGACAAGCUGUAGCUGUAGAAACUUAAAAAUGCAUGUGUUUGUGAGGAUAAUAAACAUUUAUUAAUUCUGCUGAAUGCUGCUUUUUAAAAAUAAAUAAAUCCAUUUGUAUUUGAAUAGCAGCAAAUGCUAAGGUAAGCAACUUACUAUGUUCCUGAGUGUUGGGUUUUUUUAACCAGUUGCUUAGAAUUUCUUUUUCUGAUGCUAUAUCUAAACCAGCACUAAAUUCAUAAGUAUAUGUCAUGCAGAGCUACAGAAAAAAUAAGUACAUUUCUUAGCCCGAAUUGUUAGAUACAUAAAACUUUGGCAUGUGAAAAAAUUCACUGCUGUUGUCUAUACAUGCUAAAUUUUGGUGAAAUAAUAUUUAAUUAAAAGCUACUAUCAUUAUCUGGUUUUGAGCACUGUUGAAUAAUUACAACGGAAGCACUUCAGAUCCUAUGUUUCUAUGUAUAAUUUGGUGGUCCCUGUGAGUGAACUUAGCUUCAUUGAUAAUAGUGAAUUCUAAAUACAUAAUGGAACAGACAAUAAACAUGGACCCUAAAGCAGUAUUGUGUUAACAUUUUGCAAUAUUUGAGGGUGGGGGAGGAGGAGGUGGUUUUUGCAGUUCAACCCAUAAGUUAAAAGUAUUUGUUUAUCACAAGGGGACAAAAAAACUAGUACCCAGUUGAAUUUCUUGUAUUUAAUUUAGGUAGGAGCUUCAAGUUUCUUCCCUUCCCAGGAAAUGCUAAUAGCCUCAUUUCAACUUAAUCACUUUUGGUUUAACAGGAAAUAAACAUGGUGGUGGGGAAAACAUGCAUAAAACAUGUACCUUCCUGACAGUAAUAUAAGCUACUUCCUCUUUCAUUUGUAAUUCCCAAAGCCCUUUACUGUGGUAGAAGCUCAUGUCUUUCAUGAGCUUGGGGCACAGUGCUGCUUUGCAUGCUAUCUCAGAAGUCAGUGGUGACCGUUCAACAUACAGUGUAGUGCAAAAAAAGACUCUGGAACAUCAGGUUAGUAAGGGCAGAACCUGCUCCCUACGACCUGAACAGCAGCCUGUACUAUAGCAUUUCACUUACUGCCAAAGAAGCGAAUGACUGCUAUUGUCAUCUGUCAUCUUUGGCAGAGAAAUAACAAGGUACACAAUUGAAAUAAGGCCAAAUCUACUGAAGUCUCCAUUUUUACAGCCCCCACCCCCCAAAUGAGUGAGCACAUUUGAGUCUCCAUGCCUGGAGUAGAGUGAAUGUCAGCAGUUUUGAUGCUACCAAAGCAAACUUCAACUAAUGUAAAACGUUUUUGACAAAGCCUUGCAGGAAAAUUGGAAAGCAUUGGUGACAGCAAUGGCUGUAAUUGCUUAGUAAGAUUGCUAUAAAGAAAGAGAAGUUGCUUGCUUUUUCUCCCUGUUUAGCAGAACUAGUCAAAGGUAUGUUUCAUCACCUAGUUGCUUAUCAACUACUGCAGCACUUUUACCCAGAACUAAUGGCCAGCUCCCUAACUUCACCCCCCCACUAUGCUUUUUUCAUGUAAUAUUGUUUUUCCUUUCCUGUUAAAACUCCCACAUUUCGCAAGUGUUGCGAGUGCAGCAUGACCACUUAGGACUUUUGAGUGCCUUCUGCAAGCGAUUCUACUUUCAAUAGUAUUAUGUAGAAUUUAGUAACUGAAAUUAAGUUUGAGCAUCUAUUUAAAAUAUUUAUAAUCUGCCCGUCAUCUAAUCCCAGAGCACUUCACAGCACACAUUUUGUUCUUAUUGAAACACAAAACUUGCUUGAAAAUGUGUGUUCAGAUUAAAUUCGCUGCCAUUCAUCCUCAAGAAUUGCUAUCCUGACAAAUUCUGCUUAACCACAGAAAGUGCAGAGGACACCUAUUUCCAGGGAGAGGAGGAGAUUCAAUGAAGCACAAGUGUCCCUAAGGCAUAGCUGUCAAAGUUUCCCUUUUUUAAAGGGAAAUUCCCUUAUUCCGAAUAGGAUUCCUUGCAAGAAAAGGGGAAAGUUGACAGCUAUGCCCUAAGACUGCCUCCUAAUUUCUUAACAAUAGUUAAUAAGGAGUGGUAUUAUGUCUGUCCCAGCCUUGUCUUGAAAAACUAGGAUUUUGAAGUAAGAGAAUGCAUAUUGUAUGCCUACGGCAGGUCUUGGGAACCUUUGACCCUCCAGAUGCUACUAGACUACAACUCGCAUCAUCCCUAACCAUUGGCCAUGCUGUCUGGGGCUGAUGUACAACAACUGGAGCGCCAGAGGUUCACCAGCCCUGGCCCAAAGGAAAUCAAUAAGUUGUAUAUGAAUGUACUCCUUUGCAUUCCUCCUUUUAGUCCUGAUAUGUAAGCCUAGCUAGACACUGGAAGGUACAGCAACAGGAGAUAGACAAAUGAGGGACCACUGACAAUAUAUUGCUGGGUGACAGUACCUGGGAUAGCAGGAGAAAGAUGGGCCAAUAUAUGUUAUGGCAUGAUGACUUCCUAAACAUAAGAACUCCUUGCAGACUCUGCCUGUAUUUCUGAAAAUACUUUUAGAAAAAAGAUGGCUAAACAUAAUUUUAAAACUAAGAUAGGCUGAAAUCCAGCUAUUUCUGAUACCAAGAAUAAAAUGUGUUGUGAAUAAUUUUGCUCUUCUGAUGAAGCUAGUACGAAGGGGCAGGGCUUAUUUCUCAGUACUAGUCCUGCUUGUUGUCUGGCAACACAUCUGGUAACCUAUCCAAUAUUUAUUAUAUGCAUAGGAGAAAAAUGGACAUUAUAUUUGGUAAAAUGAAUGAUGGGCAUUAAUUUUUUAAACAACCAUAUAGUUAAACUGACAGCAGCAAUCAUGGAAUAUGAAAGUGAAACUGGUAUUUAUAUUUGCUUGUCCUGCAGUUAUUCUUUAACAAUGCAAAGAACGAUAAAUGAGCUAGUGUUUUGUGUCUCAUUUUGCAUACCAUUUUACUUCUUGCAAGUUACGGUGGUAGCACCUUUUAUUUUGCUGUUGUGUAAACUGUGUUACAAUGCAUUCAUGUUGAAUACAAACAUUUCUGCUAGUUUCCAAGAAUUCUUACCGGUUUUGUUUCUUUCCAGCUUUUGCUACACAAACGAAUCAUCUCUUUACACCUCAUGGUUCUAACCCUGCUGCUACUCCAGCCCCAACCCCAUCAUCUGUUAAGGCAAUAAGCCACUCAUCGGCACUUGCAUCACCAACCAUCCCAGGGAUAAGCAUGUCCACCCCUGUCCUUCCUGCCUUCUCUGGGCAGGUUAUCUCUUCGGUCCACCCAUCACAGCCAUCGACUCCCACCCCUACUGUCAUCAAAUCCCAUUCGCUGCCUGGUGUUCCUGCCACAUCUGCUCAUUGUGCUACCUCUGCUCCCCUUCCUUCAACUUUUUCUGGGCUGGCUUCCGUGCUGCCUGCCACAGCAGCUCCACAAGGGCUCUCCACGCCAUGUGCCACUCCUGUCCCGAGCGAAGCUUUUGCAUCCGCUUCUACACCAUUUGCCAGCCUGCCCUUUUCUGCCGCAUCUGUCACUGCCUCAGCUAAUAACCCUAAUUCAUUGUCAUCUGCUUUUGCUGGCCUUCCUUUGUCCUUGACCCCCACUCCUCAAGGGAUAGCUAGUCCCCUUCCGUCCGCCAUUGCUGGUUCUCCUGCCACUAGCCUGCCUUGCCCACUUAACUUGCCUAACCCACUCCUGUCGGUCUUGAAGGGAUUCCUGUCCGUAAACGAUAGCUCAAUAAUGAAUUCGGCUGGGCUGCCUUCGGCUGUGACGGCUGAGCUUGCCUCUCUAUCUGGCCUUGCCAGCCAGAAUUCUGAAGCCCCCUCUUCGUCCGGGAACAAAUGUUACACUCCAACUGCUACCUCUGCCCUCCAGCACCCUUCCACUUCAGGGCUAUCCAUUUUCCCAGGGCUUCCAUCUCAGCCUGGGGUUAACAACAGCGCAACGCCCCCAACGCAGUCCCCUUUAACCGCAGGGCCGUCCUCCAUUAUGCCCAUCAGUUGUGUCUCCUCAGCUGCUCACGCCCAUUGCCCAAGUCCUGCUAAUCCUGAACAGCAGGCCUCAUCCGCACCAGCUGCCACAGCAAUUCCUGCGCUGGUCAAAACGGAGCCCACCAGCCCUACAAUUUCAGGUUUCAAAGGCCCUUCCCAUUCUUCCGGACCUUCUCAUAGCACUUCAGGCUUGUCAGCACUUGGCCAUGUAUAUACCUCCACUAGUUCCUUGCCAGGCAGUUCCCUGAAUCCAGCACUCUCUAGCCUCUCCUCCUUGGGCUCUUCUCUCAACAGCUCUCCUUCCAUCGCCCCGCAUGGCUCAUCCGCUCCUAUAGCCCCAGUAUAUAACGCACUUCCUCCAUUCACUUCACUGGCCAGCAGUUUUGCUUUUGCCGGCAACCCAGCACUUACCCCAACGGGGUCUCUCUUGCCCAUUCCACCUACGACCACAUCAGGCAUUCCUGCUCCCCAUGUGAGCUCUGCGACCAGUGCCCUCCCGACCCUCAUUGCUUCAGCGGCUGCUCCAGCUCCCCCAUUCCCCCUUAACUUGUGCAGCGCCGUCCCUUCGCUGUUUUCUGUUCCUCAAGUACCUCUAGGCUCAUGCAGCUCAUCCUUCCCUCCUUUCCCUGUCUCUAACACUCCCUCUGUCACUCCUGCUCUCCCUUCUUUCCCUGGGCUCCAGGCAUCUUCUACAGUAGCAGCAGUUGCACCACUGCCGGCAGCUGCCACAGCCCCAUCUCCGGCUCCAGUGCUGCCAGGGUUUGCCUCGGCCUUUAGCUCAAACUUCAACUCUGCACUGGUUGCACAGGCCGGGUACGUUGUUGCUCCAAGAGGUCAGGGGGUCUCUUUGGCAAAUUGUUGAUUAUCUUUAAUGGUGGUUGUGAAGUUCUAAACAUAAGGAUAAUGAAGUAUUGAUAACUUGCUUUGAAUACCCCGUUUCUUAGCUCUCUGUGUUGCAGGCUAAAUUUUUGAACUCGGGCAGAGACCUGUCUAUAAGUUUGUAAUUUCCUUUAAACCUACCCUACUAACUUGAUAAGUACUGAAUGUCUUCCUGCUAGAGGAUAUAUGGCUCUUAAAUUUGUACUAGGUUCUUUGAGAGAAGUCCUAAAGUAAGAACCAACAAAUGUGGCACUGGGCUGUAUUUUACACAUAUCUGUUGCCUGAGGUAAUCAAAUUCCAAAUAUCAGACAUUGGCAAAACAAUUUCCACAUGCAAAAUCCCUCUUGGCAAAAUGAUAACUGGUCUAUUCAGUGCUUGGGCGCACAAAUUUGUGCAUACGGUAUUUAAAUUGUAAGAAUUAUAUUCCACAUAGUGCUAUGGCGAACAUUCAGUUCGAGCAAGGCUUUCUCUUGCACAAUCAGAUGUUCUUCCCUACCUCUUCUCCCCCUAAAUUGGUUCUGAGGGUUCCCCCAACCCCCCAGAGCAGAUUUGGGGAAAGCAUGGGAUGUGCAGGGAAAGAGAAGGGAACAUCCUGUUGUGCUGGUGCCAAUCCUUGCACUAAUGCAACUAUUUAGUUGUAUACGACCUUAUGAUCAUAGCAUAGAAUCUAAUCACUAUAAUACACUUUGGAAUUUUGUAUAUUAAACUGUUGUCGCAGUGUCUGAAGUUGAACAUGUUCCACCUCUGAUUCUUUUAGCCUGACUUCCGGGCUUCAGGCCCCUGGAAAUACAGUUUUCCCUGGACUCCUCUCUCUUCCUGGCAUCCCUGGACUUGCCCAGAGUGCUACGCAGUCUUCCCUGCAGGAACUUCAGCACAGUGCAGCUGCACAGUCUGCAUUACUGCAGGUAAAUACAGAACAUAAAAGGAAGAUGUUGGCACUUUAUACAUUGGUAACAAAGGACAAGGAAACUGCAAGAACUCCAUGCUAAAGGUUCCAAUGCCUGCAAUGAUAAUCAGUUAAGGAGAUGUCUGCAAACGUAUAUGCAUGCUUUAUUCUGUUUAGACCAGAACUUGGUACUAAAUUAUAGGAACUAGGGAAGGAAAAUCUGGGCUCAUUUUAUAUUAGCAGAGUGGGGUCAGAAGGGCUCUUGCAAGAAUCUUAGUCCCCAGCCUCGGAUGUGCCAUCCAGAUGUCUUUUAAGCCUUUGUGAUUAACUAGCCACUUCUAACAGGUUUCUUCCAUAACCAUGAGGAUAAAGCAUGCUAUUAAAAUGAAAGUGGCAUUCCACACACACACACACACACACACACACACACACACACACCGAUUUUGUGACAACUCUGAUCAUUACAAGCCCUGUAAUGCUUGCAGUCAUUUAUGCCUCAGUAUGUAUUAUCCAUCACACGAAACGUUCAUUUACUUUCAUGGCGUUUAUAUCCUGCUUCAUCCCAUGCGCAGGAUAGCUAAUAGCAAAACUAUCAAUCCAACUCAAUUAAAAUUCUGGAUAAGAGGCAAUGAAAUCUAUGUUUUCAGGGUUGGGAGAGUCUGAAAAUGCAAAAUAAAUUUAUUCAAAGUUGUAGAUUGUUUCGUUUGCCAAUAAAUUAGUUUAAAGCAAUCUUCCGUAAUCAUCCUUAAUUAGAAAUUCUAAAUUUUGCAUAAACUAAAUAGGUUAAGAACCAAGUAUGCAAAAAUAAACAAACUAAGAGGAGCAAGGGCCCUGCUUGUGGUCUUCUUUUAAACAGACUGUUUUGUUUUGUUUUGUUUUUCUUUAAAGGCACACACUGCGUCUGCUCUGGAGAACUAUGCAUCCCAACCAGAUGGUUUUACUACAUAUCCCCCUGCACCAGGAACACCUGGAGCCCCCUUUUCCUUACAGGCAAGUCUUCCCCAGAGUGGAUGGCAAUAAAGAGCAUCUGUUUCACCUGCAGAGAAACCGCCCUUGAAGAAGCAGUGAUGGCUUGGCAAAGUCCCUGAUGAUGCUUCCAUUGAAGGCUUUUGGGGGGAGGGCAGGGAGGAAGGGAGACAUGGACUUCAGCGUGUAGCACUCAAGAGGAAGAGAAGAGGAUUCGACGUAGCUGUUAUUUCCAGGCUACAAAAAACUGGACUGUUUUUUAAAAACUUUUAAUCAGUAAUACAAAGCACUGACAAUUUUCUAUUCCCUUGUAAGUAGAUGAGGUUGAGAGCCUUUGGACCCUCCUAGGAUCUUUUAAAAAUGCAGAUAUUAUUGAUCCUUUUAAACUAAUAAUUUGCUGUGGUAUCCGUGUCACACGUUCUCCUCAGGAUUUAUUCUCUGCAAUGCAUGUUGUAUGUGUAUUUGAUAAAAAGGAAAUGUAGAUCAGGCUCCCUCUUCGCACAUGCUCAGACAAUACUCUCUUCAAGUAUUAGAUCUUGUGUGUCUGCGAAACACCAUUCAUUGUCCUCCUCUGAUCCCCUGCCUUUUGUAUUAUUUUUACUGCCUUUCCCAUCCAGAUCCGCUCAGAUAUUUGUCACUGGAAGUAGUAAUAUUUAUCAACUUGAGCUUAUUCUUUACACCUGCAUGCAUCCUACCAUCUAUCAGUAUUUCUUCACUUUUCUAGGAUGCCAGGAACACUGCUAUAGAUCGCUAUAUUGGUUUUUAAAAAAACUUUAUGCAAGACCAGAUUUGAGAGUACAGUUCUUUUAGGUCAUGUAAGAGAUCAUGGUUUGCAUUCUGUAAUUAACUUGUAUUUUAUGUCCCAUUCAUGGUAAUGGCUCCAAUGCAUCAAUUGUGUAUCAAAUAUUGCCUAAAAUGUCGAAGACCUGCUGAUUUGUGAACCAGGUUUCCUUUUUCCGGCCGGGGGGUGGGGGUGGGGGUGGGGUGGGGGGAGUAAGAAGAGAACUAGCUUAUAAUGCUGUACUGUGGAUAAGAAUGAAUUCUGUGGUUAAAUUCUGAAAAUGUAAAUCUAUGAAACAUAUACACAAAAUAAGAAUUGUACAAAUGACUGAAACUGGGUUUUGCUUCCCCCAAUUACACUCCAGGUUACAGAUACCAAUAUAAGACAAAAAGUUUAAAGAGUUUCCAUCUCUAGCUAGGAAUUAUGCAACACAAAAUAGGCUCUUGCUAUAUUAAUGAAGUGCUCUAUACUGUUUAGCAUCUAUAGCGAUGAGUAGAAAAAGCCACAAUAUUAUAUCUUUUUAAGAAAGUAUUGAUCAUGUUCUAGAACUACAGUAGAGAUGAUACUUGAUUUUGUGUUUUUAAUGUGAACUCUAGGUGAGAAUAUCUUGCUGUGCAUAGCUUAACAUCCCUUUUUUCUAAAGAUGGGAGUCUACUGGAAGGUAGAGCCUUUCCACAAAUGAACAGGCAUGAAGAACACUAAUGUGUGUGUGUGUAUAUAUAUCUGUAUUUUUAUAAACUUUUUUAAAAAUAAAAUGUGUAGCAAUGGUACACAAGUUUCUAAAGUAGACCUGAAUAAAAAGAAAUCUUUACA